CCGGCUUGCGGAGCGGGGCCGUGCUUGUCAGGAAAGGAGAUAAAGUUUUAUUAUUCAACAAAAUCGCGGAUGAAAAGAUGUCGGGCCGGUCGGUGAGAGCAGAGACACGCAGCCGAGCCAAAGAUGACAUCAAAAAGGUUAUGGCAGCUAUCGAGAAGGUCCGAAAAUGGGAGAAGAAAUGGGUGACGGUGGGUGAUACAUCAUUGCGGAUCUUCAAGUGGGUACCGGUGACUGACCCUAAAGAGGAUAUCCGAGCUCCCCGAAUGGCUCAAUUGGACAAAUCAAAAUCGAAGAACAGUCUUGAAACAAAAAGUACAAAGGGAGACAAAGGCUUCCAGCUGCUGCCUGUUUCGGAUAAUAGCUCUUCUCCCAUCCUCCUGGAACUGAAUGAUGAGACCAGUAAUCAGAGCUCCUUGUCAGAUGCCUACCAGGUAAAAGUGGACAGCAGUACAAACUCGAGCCCCAGCCCGGAGCAAAGUGAACCUGUCAGCCCAACGCUUCUGUCUGAUUUUAAAGCAGAUGACUCUCAGCCUCCCAUGCUUGGGCAGGAAAGCAUGGAAGAACCUUCCCUUCCUUCCUCAGAAGUAGGAGAUGACCCUCCAAUGCUUACAAAGGAGGAGCUCGUUCCCUUGCAGCCUCAGGUCGUGGAAGAGGAGGAUGAUGAAUAUUCAGGGGCACCGCCACUGAAGAGGGUAUGCACUGGACAGAAUGCUGUGACCCAGCCAGUAACUGAGAGCUAACCCAGAAUCUCAACUUGGCUCUUUGCCAUGGUACAAUCUGACUUGACCAUCACACAACUGACUGACUUUGAAGAAUGAUAUUUAUUUUCUACUUUUAAUGAAUUGUGAUGGUUGUGACUUUGGAGUCUGAUUUAUAAUGUUUCUGUAUUGCAGGAUGAUGUCCCUUUUGUUGGGUGUAGUCCAUGGCUCCACUGGGUCUUCCUAGUUGAAGACACUUUUGUAUUGAUGGUGUCAAAAGCAUAACCUAAUAUAAAGGAUAUGCUCUGCUCGCCUCUGAA